AACCAAGCGACACGAAGACCCUUCACCGCCAACGUGUCACCACAGUCCCGCAGUGCAGUCCCAUACACACAGUCACACUCCUUUAUCUUCUUCUUCCUGAUCUUAUCGUAUUCGUACGGGCGUUAUUAUUACUAAUAGACCGUUGCCGUUAAAUAUUGAAUUUACCUACUCUCUUUAAUUACGCGCAAAGGCCAACGGGUCGAACGGACAGCUGAGACACGUCCAUCCAAAUCCCGACUCCCAUAUCGACGGCCAACAUUCACUCCUCUCCUUUUUGUUUUUCUUUACCAAAUCGACUCAAUUGCAGAUUCCUUUCCUUUAAGAAGAAGCUACCUUCCACUACUUCUGAUUCAUUACCACCUCACCGCCCCACUCUCGAUCUCUGUAAACUCAUGGAUUCUCUAAUUCACUUCCUUCUUUGUCUCUCCUUGCCAAAUCCUCUUGUGUAUAUAAUUCCAUUCCUUUAAACAUAAGCUUCGUUCAGCUGCUUGUGCUCUGCUUCACUACCACCGCCUGACACUCUGUGUCUGUGACUGUAACCUCAUGGAUUCUCUUCUUUUGCAAUGUUGGGUUCUCUUCGUCUUCACAGCUGCGGUCACGCUUUGCGGUUUACUUGCACGGGCUGAGCUUCCAGGCUCCUGGGAGCUUCUGGUCGCAAAUGCCGGCAUAGCCUCCAUGCACACGGCCGUCACCCGCUACAAUACCGUCGUCCUCCUCGAUCGUACUAACAUCGGCCCAUCCCGUAAGAUGCUCCCCAGGGGCCACUGCCGGUACGAUCGCACUGACGCAUUUCUCAAGCGCGAUUGCUACGCUCACUCUGUCGUUCUGGACCUGCAGACCAACAACAUCCGGCCCUUGAUGAUCCUCACCGACACUUGGUGCUCCUCCGGCCAGUUUCUCCCGGAUGGUACGCUGUUACAGACGGGUGGGGACAUGGACGGGUUGAAAAAGAUCCGAAAGUUCGAACCGUGCGAGGCACACCUGUUUUGCAACUGGGUUGAGCUUAAAGAUGUGGAAUUGGUGAAUGGGCGGUGGUACGCUACGAACCAGAUAUUACCUGAUGGUUCGGUGAUUAUUGUCGGUGGGAGGGCAACGAACACGAUUGAGUAUUACCCGCCGAGAAAAGGAGGCGCCGUCUUGUUUCCAUUCCUUGCCGACGUCGAGGAUACUCAGAUGGACAAUUUAUACCCUUACGUUCAUCUCCUCCCCAACGGUCGCCUUUUCAUCUUCGCUAAUAACAAAGCAGUAUUGUACGAUCAUGAGGCUAACAAAGUUAUUAGAGAUUUUCCACCGUUGGCCGGUGGCCCACGAAACUACCCAUCAGCUGGAUCAUCGGCGAUGCUGGCACUCCAAGGGGACUACUCGACGGCCGUGAUUGUCGUGUGCGGCGGGGCACAGUACGGUGCGUUUCUGGAGAAGAGUGCGGAAACCCCGGCCCACGGUAGCUGCGGCCGCAUCGUAGCGACUGCAUCGGACCCAGUUUGGGAAAUGGAGGAUAUGCCAUUCGGCAGGAUAAUGGGGGACAUGGUUAUGCUCCCCACUGGCGACGUCCUUAUUAUCAAUGGAGCCCAGGCAGGGACCCAAGGGUUCGAGAUGGCCUCCAACCCGUGUCUUUACCCGCUUCUUUAUCGACCCGAUCAACCCGUCGGGUUACGGUACAUGACGUUGAACCCAGGAACCGUCCCCAGAUUGUACCACUCCACCGCGAACCUGUUACCGGACGGGAGGAUUUUAAUAGCGGGAAGUAAUCCUCACUACUUUUACAAAUUCAAAGCCGAGUUCCCGACGGAGCUACGGAUCGAAGCGUUUUCACCGGAGUACUUGUCGGCAGACCGUGCGAAUAUCCGACCUGAGAUCCAGGGAAUUCCUGAAAGGGUACGUUACGGAGAGGUCUUCGACGUCUCAGUAUCGGUUCCGUUGCCGGUGGUGGGGAUCGUGGAGGUCAAUUUCGGAAGCGCGCCUUUUGCAACGCAUUCAUUUUCCCAAGGUCAAAGGCUAGUGAAAUUAGCCGUUACAAACACCUUUCCUGACGGUAACGGUCGUUAUAGAAUCGGAUGUACAGCGCCGCCAAAUGGGAUGGUUGCUCCGCCGGGUUAUUACAUGGCAUUUGCUGUCAACCAGGGCGUGCCAAGUGUCGCUCGUUGGGUGCAACUGGUGGACUAAUAAGUUUUUGAAUCAUUUUUAAAUUAAUUUUAUGUAAAGAAAUGGAACAGUUUAGCCUUUCUAU